GCGUUCUCUCUCGUGCUAGUGUUUCCGGUUCCGGUGUCUUGCGUGUUGCUUGCUUGUGGUUCAAACCCGUAUGGAAGUAGCGAAGUUGACUAUAACAUUAUCUUUAACAGUAUUGCGAGCUUGGUAUAAUGACGGUAAACCUACUGUGAUGGUGACGCGGGGUUAGGAUACGUAUCUGAGCUGAAAUACUGAAGAUCGAGAGGAGAAACAGAGAGGAACAAGUUUGCCUGUCUGGUUCCUCUGUCAGUCAUGGCGGGGUUGGAGCAGUGGGUGAGCGACCAGCUGCACGAGAUCCUGGGCCUCAGUGAUAAGUACGUGUCCCAGUUCCUGAUCGGGACGGCCCGCCGCAGCAGCAGCGGAGCCGACUUCAUCCAGAGGCUCAGAGACACGGGAACGAUCGACAUCGAUCACAGGAUCACCGCCUUCGCUGAACUCCUCUACAGCAAGAUCCCGAAGAAGCAGGCAGUUGAGAAACCAGCCCGAGCGGUGGAGAGACACGCAGUGGAGAUGGAACGCAAGAACAGAACCUACACCUUGCUGGAGGAGAGUGAGAGCGAGGGAGAGAGCCAGGGAGGGCAGGAGGAGAAGAAGAGGAAGAAGAAGGAGGAAGGGAGGGAGAGAAAGAGGAAGCAUCUGCGGCAGAAACGGGCAGCCUCAUCAUCGUCGUCGGAGAGUGGGAGCGAGGAGAAGAGUGGGAGGCUGGCUGCCCAGGCUCAGCUGGGAGGCAAGCGGGAUGGAGAGGAGGAGGAGGAGGAGGAGUGGGAGAAAGAGGAGAGGGAGCGGCUUCAAGACCUGGAGGAGAGGGAUGCCUUUUCAGAGAGAGUGAAGAAGAGAGACAAGGAGAAGACCAGGCAUGUGCUGGAGAGAUCUGAUAAGAAGGGCUAUGAAGAAGCUCAGAAGAGGCUCAAGAUGGCAGAAGAAGGCCAGAGAGAGAUGCUCCCGGAGUUGCGUAAGAAGUCGCGGCGGGAUUACCUGGCGAAGCGCGAGGCGGAGAAACUGGAAGACCUGGAGGCGGAGAUAGUGGAUGAGGAGUACCUCUUCUCCAAUCAGGAGCUGUCUGCACACGAGAGGGAGGCUCUUAAAUACAAGAAGACUGUCAGAGACCUGGCCAAGGAGUACAAGAAAGCAGGGCAGCAGGAGAAACUGGAGAAGAGCAACCGAUACUACAUGCCUGAGGAGACCAGGAGCAAGACGGUCCCGGAGCGCUAUGUGGAGCCCGAAUCGGAGGGGGGUACGGGCUGGGCCCCGCGGGACGAGCAGAGGCGCUGGGAGGAGGAGCAGCUGGGGGCCGCCGCGCUGAGAUUCGGGGCGCGGGACGCUCAGGAGAGGGGGAAGAAAGAGAGGGAGAGAUACCAGCUGGUGAUGGAGGACGAGGAGAUGAUAGACUUUGUCAGCAUGGUGACCAUGAAGGGAACAGGAGAGAAGGAUGAGAAGGGGGACUCUGCGCUCUCAGAGGCUCAGAAGCAGAGGCUGUCGAUCCAGGAGGUGCGGCGCAGCCUCCCAGUGUUCCCAUUCAGACAGGACCUGCUGGCAGCCAUCGAAGAGCACCAGGUCCUCAUCAUCGAGGGGGAGACGGGGUCCGGCAAGACCACCCAGAUACCGCAGUACCUGGUGGAGGAGGGCUACACAGAGAAUGGAAUGAAGAUCGGCUGCACUCAGCCCAGGAGAGUGGCUGCUAUGAGCGUGGCUGCUCGCGUGGCACAGGAAAUGGGGGUCAAGCUGGGGAACGAGGUGGGGUACAGUAUCCGGUUUGAGGACUGCACCUCGGAGCGCACGGUUCUCAAGUACAUGACCGACGGCAUGCUGCUGAGAGAGUUCAUGACAGAGCCUGACCUGGCCAGCUACAGCGUGGUGGUUAUCGACGAGGCUCACGAGCGCACUCUGCACACAGACAUCCUGUUUGGUCUGAUCAAGGACAUCGCGCGCUUCCGGCCCGACCUCAAGGUGCUGAUCGCCAGCGCCACCCUCGACACGGAGCGCUUCUCUGCCUUCUUCGACGACGCGCCCGUCUUCAGGAUCCCGGGCCGCAGGUUCCCAGUGGACAUCUUCUACACCAAGGCUCCUGAAGCAGACUACCUGGAGGCCUGUGUCGUCUCAGUGCUGCAGAUCCACGUCACUCAGCCCCAGGGCGACGUGUUGGUCUUCCUCACUGGACAGGAGGAGAUUGAGGCGUGCUGUGAGCUGCUCCAGGAGCGAUGUCGGCGUCUGGGCUCCAAGAUCAGCGAGCUCCUGGUGCUGCCCAUCUACGCCAACCUGCCCUCUGACAUGCAGUCCAAGAUAUUCGAACCCACACCCCCUGGAGCCAGGAAAGUUGUCGUGGCGACGAACAUCGCCGAGACCUCCCUCACUAUCGACGGCAUCAUCUACGUUAUCGAUCCGGGCUUCUGCAAACAGAAAAGCUACAACGCCAGGACGGGCAUGGAGAGCCUGAUAGUCACACCCUGCUCCAGGGCCUCAGCCAAUCAGCGCGCGGGUCGUGCAGGGCGUGUGGCAGCAGGAAAGUGCUUCCGGCUCUACACAGCCUGGGCCUACAAGCACGAGAUGGAGGAGAGCACUGUGCCGGAGAUCCAGAGGACCAACCUGGGCAACGUGGUGCUGCUGCUCAAGAGCCUGGGUAUCAAUGAUCUGAUCCACUUUGACUUCAUGGACCCCCCUCCUCAUGAGACCCUAGUCCUGGCUCUGGAGCAGCUGUACGCCCUGGGAGCCCUCAAUCACCUAGGGGAGCUCACCAAGCUGGGACGCAGAAUGGCUGAGCUACCGGUCGACCCCAUGCUUUCCAAAAUGGUCCUGGCAUCCGAGCAGUAUCGGUGCUCUGAGGAGAUUCUGACCAUCGCUGCCAUGCUGUCGGUCAACAACUCCAUCUUCUACCGGCCCAAGGACAAGGUGGUCCACGCUGACAACGCACGCAUGAACUUCGUGGUGCCGGGCGGAGAUCACCUGGUGCUGCUCAAUGUCUAUACUCAGUGGGUGGAGAGCGGCUACUCCACUCAGUGGUGCUAUGAGAACUUCAUCCAGUUCCGCUCCAUGAAACGGGCCCGGGAUAUCCGGGAGCAGCUGGAGGGGCUGAUGGAGAGGAUCGAGAUCGAGCUGACCUCCAGCCCAGAGGACAUCAUCCCCAUCCGCAAGGCAGUCACAGCUGGUUUCUUUUACCACACGGCACGCCUCUCAAAGUCGGGGUACCGCACGGUGAAGCACCAGCAGACGGUGUACGUGCACCCCAACAGCUCUCUGUUUGAGGAGCAGCCACGCUGGAUCAUCUACCACGAGCUGGUCUUUACCACCAAGGAGUUCAUGAGACAGGUCAUUGAGAUCGACAGCGCCUGGCUGCUGGAAGUGGCUCCUCAUUAUUACAAGGCCAAAGAAUUGGAGGAUCCGUCUAGCAAGAAAAUGCCCAAGAAAGUGGGGAAGAGCAGAGAAGAACUGGGCUGAGAUCUCCUCCCAGCAGGGACUCCAAACAGCCUUUCACAGGGGCGGUAUUAACCAGGGCUUUGUACCACUCAAGAGGAACAACUUUAACGCUGCAGUCGUCACAAUCAAACCAGUUAGCCAGAUCCAUGUCCCUGGUUUACUGUUUGAGUUUCAGCCAUGGUACUGCUGCUGGCACCGUGCGCUGUUGCAGGGAUGGAAAUAAGACCCGAGGGAUCCAUUCAGUCAUUAAAGUAAUCUAACUGAAUAGUAUUACAGGGAUGGAAAUAAGACUCCCGUUGAUCCAUUCCUAGUUUUACUGACACACCUGAGCUUGUUCCCCAUACACUGGGGCUAAUCAGGCUCAUUGUAAGCCCUGGAAUGGGUGAAACACUGUGCAGUUCUUAUUUCCAUCCCUGUUAUGCCUGGUUGUACGGUUUGCAGUCCCCUUGUUCUGAUGUUUGCAGUCCUGUAGAAUACCUCGUGCUUCAGUUACUUGCUCCAGUCUGCGUUGUGGUGCUUGAGCCAGGAGCUGCUCUUCAUUUCUAGUUGCCUGCUAUAGAUCGAUCUAUCAUAGGCUAGAUCAGCCUUUAUAGAAGUAAGCGCCAUCUAGUGGUCUGCCAAUUUGGAAACAAGUUUCCUUAAGUAUUGCUGGUAAUACACUAGCUGUGCACUGGAGGGUGCUGGCGCUCACUAAUAUAAAGACACUGGCUGGUCCAGCCUAUGGUAGUCUAUGGCAGGCAACUAGAAUUGAAGAUUAGAGAUCCUGAUUUAAUACUAAUCUUGGAUUACCCAAUGUAAGGUAAGAUUAGUGCUAAUAGAGGUCUGUGAAACUAGCCGAUAGUCAGAACAACUCAACACAUCAAAACAUAAAGAAACACACAUUGUCAUUGGAGACCCACUCAAAACCAAUACAAAUACAAUUAGUAAGAGAACAUUAUAACAAUGCAUGUGACGCGGUUUUCUCUUAUGCAAGUUUCCUGAUUUUCUUUUAGAACGGUAUUGGUGGUUCUUCAUGCAUUGACAAGGCUUUGUUGUGGUUGCUACUACUGUGGUGUGUGCUGAGACUCGUAUUGUAAAGCUGAGGGAGGACACAUUAGUGAAUGGAUUUAUUUCAUACCUGCUGAUGAAUACCUGCUGAUGAAUACUUAAAGGCAAUUAGGAGUAUCAGCACAGCCCUAAUUGCUUCAGUAAACACAUGUAAGUUCAAGUACAGAUUGAUGGACUGUGAAUCAUCACUCAACACAAAUUAACACUGAAGGUAAACAUGUUCUAUCAGACUCGAGAUUGUAGAUUUCAAAUAACACAUUUGAACAAGCUAUGCAUCACAACUGCUGCUGCAGAGUCACUUCCAGUAGGACGUCGAUUUUAUCCGUUUAUACUUCUUGAAAAACAAGAAAAAACUUUAUUAAGAGAUAGACCCACCCACUUCUUUGUUGUUACAUUAUAGUUUCAUAUAAUAUUUAGUCGAUGUCUGGAGAUAAUUUCAGCAAAAAUAGAAAUCCGAAUUUCUGUAUGAUUUAAAAAUAUAUAAAUAUGAGGGAGUUCGACUUUAAAUCAGAGAAUAAAAAAGAAUAUUACCAAUAUAAUUACUGUUGAAUGCAAUUCAAUGGACAGAUGCAAACCAAGUAAGUUAUGCCCUCUGUGGUGUCUUGUAUAUAUUUAAAGGUUAAGUAUUUUUUUUUUUUAUUUAAAUUUUUUUACUUACUGUCGAACCCUCGUCAGCAGAACCAUCACCCAGAACGCAAAUCUGAAAAUGUUGUGUGUGUAUAUAUACAUUCUCUUUUCUUUUUUUAAUGUAAUAAACAGUUUCACACAAAACUAAA